UAUAAUUUGUACAUCAAUACACAGUUGUGCUACGGUGAACCACACUAAAUUUUAUGAUUCUCAAACUCUCGCCUCUGACCCACAUCUUCGUCACAGCACGACUCCCUCGCAAUCCAACGGUCAGAUCUCUCGCCGGUGUAUCCUCCGUUAGCGCUAAAUCAAAGCACAGGCACCCCCCACCCAAACAACCUCUCCGAAUCUCACCUUUAACCACCACCAGCUGCGGCCGCCGUAGACCUGACCUACUACUGUGCACGGCGAUGGAUGUCGACGCGUCACGUCCGCCGGAGUCCGAUGCACCCGCCGUCGAGGAAUUUGUCCACGUCGAUGACCCAAGCCCUAACCCUAAUUUUGAAAGUUUGGAGGAAAGCGUUCUGAAUGACGACAGAGGAGAGAAUGAGUCUGCCAACGAUGAAGGUGAAUCUGAUCGAAGUAAGGUUCUUCCUGAGGAGCUUUCGAAGAAUGUGAUGAUGCUUUCAUGCGAAUCAUCGGCCGAAGGCGGGAAUUGCGACGUUUAUUUGGUUGGAACUGCUCACGUUUCUAUGGAAUCCUGCCAAGAAGUUCAAGCUGUAAUUAGUUUCUUAAAACCACAGGUUGUUUACUUGGAGUUGUGCUCAAGUCGUGUGGCUAUACUUACCCCUCAGAAUUUAAAGGUACCAACUAUGGGAGAAAUGGUGGAUAUGUGGAAGAAAAAGCAUAACCUCUUUGGAAUACUCUACAGCUGGUUUCUUGCCAAGGUUGCUAAUAAGCUUGAGGUUUUCCCUGGUUCUGAGUUUCGUUUGGCAUUUGAAGAAGCAAUGAAGUACGGUGGCAAGGUGAUACUUGGUGAUCGCCCAGUACAAAUAACAUUACUGAGGACCUGGGGAAGAAUGCCGCUUUGGCAUAAGACGAAAUUAGUAUACUCCCUACUUUUCCAAGCUUUCUUUCUACCAAGUACUGAAGCUCUCAAUAAAAUGCUGAAGGAAAUGGAUGAUGCCGACAUGUUGACUCUUGUAAUUCAAGAGAUGAGCAAGGAGUUCCCUACUCUGAUGGAAACCCUUGUACAUGAGCGAGAUCAGUACAUGUCAUCCACAUUACUUAAAGUUGCCAGCGAGCAUAGUUCAGUUGUUGCAGUUGUUGGAAAGGGGCACCUGCAGGGAAUUAAGAAACACUGGCAGCAACCUGUCCAGUUGAAGGAUCUGCUAGAAUUACCUUCAAAAAAGCCUGCUGUUUCUGCCGGGAAGAUUUUUACAACUCUAGGAGUUGCUGUUGCCGGAGUGGCCAUAAUCUCUGGCAUAUAUCUUUCAAGCAAGAAGUAGCUUCAGUCCCUCCGGAGGAUAAAUGGCUGCUCGAAAUUUCUCUUUGAAUAAAUAUUGGAAAGGCUAAUUUACCAAAAAAAAAAAAAAAAAAGAAAAAAGAAAAAAAGUGAUUCUUAGCAUACAAAAAUCAUAAUGGCAAGCUGAAGAUGAUUUGAUUUCUCUCCACUGUAGGCUUCUCUCUUUCAACUUUGCUGUCUUUUCAAAAGUUGUUCAGUAAAAAAUAAGCUUCAGACAUUACCAUUGCCA